AUGGGUCUUGGCGACAGCGUCGCUGCGCUGCUCGAUACUUACUCGAGAUGCCUGGAGCUCCUAAAGUCCUCCGUGACGAAAAGCGGCGGCGGGGUAGGCAGUGGCGACGGCCGCAGCGAUCACUCACGACUGCGCAGGUCGAUCAGAUCCGAUCGCGGCCAGAUUCACAAGACGUACUCGUCGCGACUCAGCGAGGCCGGCAGCCGAUUCGAGAAGGGUGAUGGCCGUUCAAGGUCGGCGCUGCGCCGGAUACUCGAGAAGCUCAAGGCCGCUAUCGCCAACUUCUUGAGCUCCCGCAAGGGUCAUGGCCCUGUCGCCACGCUGGACUACAGAUCACUGAUGUCUCUAUCCAAUUCAUCGCGUGCCGAGGCCGUCCGUGCCAUGGAUCAGUUCUCGUAUAGGCUGAGCAGCACGGCAUCAAAGCGGAGCAGCUCAGUAGCAUCAUCGUCGUCGAGAAGACCCUCCAAGAGCACCAGCCAGAAGAGGCAUAGCCGUUCGAGCUCGAAGUCCAGCUCGUCACUCACCAAGGCACGCCCUUCCAAGGAAGGUGCAGGCGUACUCAAAAGAAAAUCCAAGUCAUUGGAGCAUCUGAAGAAGGACUCGGUGACGAGCUCGAAGGCUCCUAUAGACGUUUCAAAAGCGAGACAAACAACGCCGACUCCCAAGAGCCACGGUAAAUCACAGGAAGCUCACAGGUCAUCGCCGUCACGCGAGACCUACCACAGGAUCUCCAUCGUGUCUAUUGCGACUGAUAGCACGAAACUGGGAGAGAUUCCCGAGAGGAAGUGGAGGAGAAGGCUGGAGCACGACACGAGCUCCGACGAAUACAACGUCAGGCCUAUCUACCCAUUGAAGCCGUACCAGCAACCUGAGCCGAAGCGGAAGGGGUUUUUCGGACUGUUUAAGCGCUAG